UGCUCCUCUGACAUCACUACUGAAAGAGAAACUAGCAGCAGAAACAGAGCAGUUUGCUUUUGUGUUUAACUUUGCUUAACUGAACGAUUUGGAAAAACCUUCAAACACCAGACAUGGCUUCUGCUGCUAAUUCUGAGGAUAAUUUACGUUGUUCAGUCUGUCUAAACAUCUUCAAAAAACCUGUGACGAUUCCCUGUGGGCACAACUUCUGUCUUAACUGCAUCGACAACUACUGGGACACCAUCGAUACCACAUUCCAAUGUCCGCUGUGUAUGGAGAAAUUCUUGAACAGGCCGAUGCUUCGGGUUAACACUAUCCUUGCUCAGAUGGCUGCAGACUUCAAGGAAUCUUUUGAAGAAAAGUAUUUUGAAACUCCUGACAAAGCAGUAAAUGGAACCGUGCUCUGUGGCCUGUGCACAGGGGCGAAGCUUGCAGCAGUGAAGUCCUGCUUAGUUUGUUUCAUGUCUUACUGUGAAACACAUCUCGAGCCUCAUUUGAGAAUUCAGGCCAUGAAAAAACACAAGCUGAUCGACCCAGUUGAGAAUCCAGAGAGCAGGAUGUGCAAGACGCAUGACGAGCCUUUGGAGUUAUUUUGCAAGGUUGAGGAAAUGUUUGUAUGUGAGUCCUGUAAGAACAGUGACCAUAAAAAGCACAAGAUAGUCAGUCUGAAAGAGGAGGCAAACUGUAGGAAGUACACGCUGGAAAAAGACAAAGAAAACGCAGAUCAGAUGAUCCAGGAACGUAAGCAAAAGAUUUUGGAGAUCGAACGCUCAGUAGAGGCUAGCAGAAAAAAAGCAGCAAAGGCCCUGUCAUCCAGCAAGCAUUCGAUAACUGGUAUGGUGGACUACAUUAACAGAAGCUAUGCAGAGCUCACUGAGGUAGUUGACAUUAAGCAGAAAAAAUUUGAAACAGAGAGAAAAGGCUUCAUUAAAGAGCUGGAGGCAGAUAUUAUGCAAAUAAAGCAACAAAAAUUGAAGCUUGAUCAGGUUUCAAUUUCCAACGAUCCGAUGAUUUUCCUGGAGAAUCUCCUGUCUCUCACAAUCCCUCAUCCCUCGGUUAAGGACUGGUUUGGUGUGAAUUUUGACAGUGACGAGAUUUUGCUGCAAGAAGCCACGGCCCAGCUGGAGGCAACCGUGAUGAGAGAAAUAAGGAUGCUGUGUGAUCCCGACUUGAAAGAAAUGCAACGUCAUGCCGUGGACGUGACUCUGGAUCCUGACACAGCAAACCUUUUUCUACAUGUUUCCCCGGAUGGGAAACAAGUCACGUAUGGAGAAAAAAAGAGGAACCUCCCAGACAAACCAGAGAGGUUUGAACAAGUCCUAAAUGUCCUUGCAAAGGAGGGUUUCUCCUCAGGAAAAUUCUACUAUGAGGUCGAGGUUAAAGACAAAACCAACUGGGAUUUAGGAGUGGUGAACCAAUCCAUCAACAGAAAAGGAGAUAUAAGAUUGAGCCCCAAGAAUGGAUACUGGAUUAUUGGGCUGAAGAAAGGAAAAGAGUUAACAGCAAAUGUUAGCCCUGUUGUUAGCCUCAAGGUGAGGGAGACGCCUCAAAAGAUCGGGGUGUUCGUUGAUUAUGAGGUGGGUCAAGUUCUCUUCUAUGACGUGGACACCAGGGCUUGCAUCUUCUCCUACACUGGAUGUAACUUCACCAUGAAGCUAUUUCCGUUCUUCAGCCACUGUUGUAAUGACGACUACAGAAAUGCAGCGCCCUUGAUCAUCACUCCUGUCAAACAAAACAGAUGAGUUUGGUUUUGUGGAUUUUGUGAAAGAAAAACAGACCGGGCGAGGGAUUUGGGGAUAGAUCAUAGAGCAGUGAAAUGUUUUAGUCCUGAAAACUCUGGUGGUUCAUUUUGUUUCUCUCAUCCAUCAGUGUCAGAGCCGUGUGUCACAAAGUGUUGCUUGUCACACAUACAGCUGUAGAUCUCCAACUGACAACAUGCAGCCAUCAGGACAUUCAUGACACACACUGAAGCACACUGUGGGACAAUGAUGCCUUCAUGCAUUUAUCUGGGUAAAUAAAAUCUCACCGAGCUGUACAUUAUUUAAUUGUUAUUUUAAUUGAUUUUGAUAAUACCCUUUGCAUGCCAACAUAUUAAGGAGGGGUUGAUUAGUGUUUACAAGCAUUGUAAAGCAUUUGUGUCCUGCUUGAAGUAAUGUACAACUAAAGCUAGAGGAAAUAACUAUUACUGUGUUCACAAAAUAUUCUUUUAACUUCAUUGAAUACCCCUGACGACAGCAGAUCCGGCUCAGACAGACUUAAUAAAGCCACCAAUGGAAAAUAAAUUGGCACAGAAAAUGUUCAAAGAAAUUGAAGGACUCUUGUUAACUUGGUAUUCUAGUUUGGCUUUUUUACACCAAUUAAUGUUAUUAGGUUAAAAGUGGCUAUUAAACUUUAUUGAAUGGCACAAAUUAGUAUUUCCUCAAGUUUAAAUCAGCCAGAUCUUCUAUGCAAGUUAUUAAACAGGAUGUUUUUCUGCUUUGGUCUGAAAUAAUCAACUGGUAACUGAGCAAAGUCAAUCAUUUCUUUCUUUCCUUUUGUUCGUUGGUAACCUCAAAGUCAAUUUUCUUUUUUUCUUUAUUUCAGUUAAGUAUGUGUUUUUUUUUUAUGGGAACAUGAACCAAUGACACUUUAUGUUCAUGUGAUGUAGAAUUGUGAUGUGGUCAAUUAUUGAUACGAAAAUACUCAGAAAAUUGAUGAACAAUAACACUCAAAUGUGAAGAUAUGACGGAGUACACUCUUAUAUAAAACUGUCAAUUGAAUCAAUGUCAUCACUAUAGGGUGAGCACAUCUGUGAUUGCAAUUCUUUUUCCUGACAUUUUAUUUGGAUUAAAUGUAAAAUAAGAGAUUUUUUGAUCAUGUAAAUGUAUGCCUGGUCUCCAAUAUUGUACUGCAUGUCUUGAAUACAUUAAUAAGUAUUACUGUUUACAGUUUCAUGUUUGAAGGGGGAAAAAUGUGGGGCAAAAAUAAUAAAGGUAAUUUGGGAAAUGGUAA